UAGGCUUUUCUCAUAUAUCCUGACUCAAAUCAGUUUCUAACAGCAAACACUGAGAAUAAAGUGAGAUGAUCUGCUAAUGAUCUGAUUGUCUUGUUGAAUGAGUGUUGAUAGUCUGAGGAUCAUCAAUAUUAACAGAGAAACUCCUGAAAACACUCUUUAUUUCAUGUCAAUAGUUCCUGUUUUCACCUCAUUUAUUAUGCUGAUGUCUUCAGAUCUGCUGUAAAUUGACACUUCAAGCUCAUUUCAUUGCUGUCAGCAGACUGAGGGGUGUUUGUUGGUUACAGAUAUGUACAUUUAUUUCUGUCUUUAUGCUUUCAACUUGUUUUCUGACCAUUAUUUAUAUUUAUAUAUUAUAUUUUAAAACAAACUCAGUUAAUGAUAUAUUUUCCAUUUUGGCAGAUCAGCUUCUCCCACACUGAAAUUCAUCACCAUCAGUGAAGCUCCUCCCUCAUCACUCACAUCACCAGUGAAGCUCCUCCCACAGCAAUCACAUCAUCAGUGAAGCUCCUCCCACAUCAGUUCCCCAAUAAAUACUGGAAUAUUCCCAUCAGACGAGCAUCAGAGCAUCAGGAAGAGCUGAAACCUGCAAAGACUGAGUUUAUUAAAGAGGACAGUGAGAACAUGAGUGAUCCAGAACCCUGCAGAAUGAAACACACUGAAGAUACUGAAGAACAAAGAGUCCUGAUGGAAGUGAAGGAGGAGAGUGAAGAACUGAGUGAAGUGGAGGAGAAACAUCAUGUCAAACCUGGAGAAAAACCUUUGAGUCUCUCAAAGACUAAAAAGACAUUUUUAAAGAAAAGAAGAGCAAAGAAAUCUACAACCUGCACUCAGUGUGGAAAGAGUUUCACAACCAGACAAAGUCUUGAUGUUCACAUGAGAGUUCAUACUAGUGAGAAGCCGUUCACAUGUGAUCAGUGUGGAAAGAGCUUCAAUCAAUCACCAAACCUUAAUGUUCACAUGAAGAUCCACACCGGAGAGAAGCCGUUCACAUGUGAUCAAUGUGGAAAAACAUUUCUUGGGUCAAUAAACCUGAAGAGACACCUGACAGUUCAUACGAAGGAGAAGCCAUAUUCAUGUUCUGUGUGUGGAAAGAGUUUUUCAUGGCUGGGAAAUUUACAGAGACAUCAGAAAAUUCACACUGGUGUGAGAGAGUACAUGUGCUUUGAGUGUGAGAAGACUUUUACUACAGCAAACUGUUUAAAACAGCACCAGAGAAUUCACACUGGAGAACAACCUUACAAGUGUUCACACUGUGACAAGAGAUUCAAUCAGUCAGCAUAUCUGAAAAGACAUGAGAGGAUUCAUACUGGAGAGAAACCUUACAAGUGUUCAUACUGUGACAAGAGAUUCAGUCAGUCAGAAAAUCUGAAAAGACAUGAGAGGAUCCACACUGGAGAGAAGCCACACACGUGUGAUCAGUGUGGAAAGAGUUUCACUAUUAAAAGUCACCUGAAGAUACACAUGAAUACACAUGAAAACCACAUCACCACAGUCUGAAAUCACUAACCACCAGAAAACAUCUGGAAGGAGAGGACAGAGAGAUCCAGUGAUCCAGAACCUGCAGAUGAAACAUCAUGAUACUGAAGAACAAAGAGG